AUGGCUCCGAAUCGAAGAAGUUCACCACAAAAGAAAAAGGAGAGAAAAGUUAUGACUUCGUCGGAUAAGAUAAAAGUAUUAGAUUCGUUGGCUAAAGGAAAAAAAGUUGCAGAAGUUGCGCGCACAUUGAAGGUUAAUGAAUCGUCCAUCCGCACUAUAAGACUGAAUAAAGAAAAAAUACUACAAAGUGCUAAGCAGUUAGGACAAUAUGCAAAGCAAGUGAAAACUACGCGAAACAUGAACCUUGAAAAAAUGGAAGAAAUGUUGAUACUGUGGAUUCAAGAUUUAAUCCGUAAAAACGUCCCUUUGUCCACUGCAGCAAUUCAACAACAAGCGCAUGACUUUUAUGUUUAUCUGGAGAAAAAACACCCCACGGGAGAUAGUUUUAACGCGAGCAGAGGGUGGUUCAAUAGAUACAGAGACCGUUACUCGUUACACAAUGUAAAGUUCUCAGGUGAGGUAGCCUCCGCCGAUCACGAAGCAGCGCAAAACUUUCCACCUGAACUUCAAGAAAUAAUUCGUGAAAAAAGUCUCGUUCCUGCUCAAAUCUUCAACGCUGAUGAAACAGGGCUCUACUGGAAGAAGAUGCCCAGUCGUACGUAUCUGACGCAAGAAGAAAAAGCUGCACCGGGCUUCAAAAAAUCGAAAGACCGUUUGACUCUCUUGUUAUGUGCAAAUGCAGCAGGAAAUUUUAGGUGCAAACCUAUGCUCGUGUAUCGAUCGGAAAACCCUCGUGCGUUAAAAGGUAAAAAUAAACAAUAUUUGCCCGUAUUUUGGAAGUCUAAUAAGACGGCAUGGGUGACACAACUUAACUUUAGAGAAUGGUUUUACAAUUCAUUCGUUCCCGAAGUAAAAGAGUUUUUGAUUAAGGAAAAUCUAACGUUCAAAGUUUUACUUUUACUGGAUAACGCACGAGGUCACGGUGAUUCACUAUUGCUUACACACCCAGAUGUCCAUAUAAUUUAUUUGCCGCCAAACACGACUUCUCUGAUCCAACCAAUGGACCAGACGGUCAUUUCAACGUUUAAAGCAUAUUAUCUUCGAAAAGUCAUGAAAUCCAUGCUUCGUGCUGUAAAUCAACAAAGGUCUUCUGAAAAUUUUCUUUCUGAAAACGUGGUUCGUCAUUUCUGGCAGAAAUUUUCAAUUUUGGAUUGCAUAGGAUAUAUUUCUGAAUCAUGGGACGAAGUUAAAAAUUCAACUCUUAACGCAGCAUGGUCUAAAUUGUUACCCGAUUUCGUUAACAACAUGGAGCCCGUUCAAACUCCACCUGAAAUGGCGCAAGAGAUAGUUGCUGUUGCAAAAGAGGUUGGCGGGCAAGGAUUUCAAGAUGCUACUGAAACUGAAAUUUUGCAGUUGGUCUCAAGAGAAGAAGAAAAUUUAGAAGUGCAUGAACUUGAACAGCUUGUUGAUUCUAUACAAAACGAAAAUGAAAGCUCUGAUGCACCAGAAGCGCAAAACUGUCCCGAUGACUUUGGUGCACGUAACAUCAUAUCAAUCAUCACAUCUCUCCAAAUUUCUAUCGAUGAAGCCAUAAGCCAAGAUCCUAUCAUGAGUCGCAGCAUGAAAUUUAAGCAUUUUUGUGAUUCAGCUAUGCAAGUUUAUGAAGAACUCUAUAAAGAUUGUGUUAGAAGUAGAAAACAGUUACAAAUUACCGAUUAUUAUAGCAAAAAAUGA